UUUUACUAAAUUUGCGAGCUCCCUCUUCUGCCAGGACAUCGGCUGUCCCCCGAGGCCGUCCCGCGCGGCUCGUAAUUCAUUUGCAGCCCUCUGCUUUGGGUGUUAUUUUCUAUUGCAAUGAGGAGAAAAGGAGUGCAACGGCAGGCGAGCGCGAGCGCCAGUGCGGGGAGUGAUGAGUCAAUACAACUAAUAAUUUAAUGGGGACACAGGGAGAGAGCGAGGGAGAGAGAGAAAGGAAGAGAGGGUCCGUCCGGCCGCAAAUAAAACCGACAGCGUGCACAACCGGGAGAAGCUGUCAUCAAUUUUCAACACGCCUGAUGCGUCACAGAAAUCGGAAACUAAAACUCACUUUUUUACCUGUUUGUGACAACAGAUCAUACAUCGUAUUCACAUGAGAAGACGGGUCAUUUUCGCUUCCCUUUUUCCGCUGGACGGUAGACAGGCAAAGCUAACGCACCACUGGAGAUCCUUGUACGUACUGAAGACGUACAUGUACUAUACAGUGCGCACAGGAGAGCAGGCUAACGGCACAUUUCGGCGUUUAUUUAUGUUCGUGUCUGAUCUUUUGGUACCUUUAUUGCAAGCUUCCAUAUGCGUGACGGAUGUUGUUAACUCCAGUGGAGAGCUCGGCGCACUUACAAUGGAUAUGUGUAUAUUUUUAAAACUUUUCUGAGCGAGCCUGUCUGUUUCUUUCCGAUUCGCAAGACGAUGUCAUUUUGGCGUGAAUGAAAUAUUAGCCUGCCACUAUCGCCAAUUAUCGCUCGUCAGUAUAUUGCAUCUCACCGCUCACCCAUGUUAUCGCCUUCCUGCCCAGCUGAGAUCACGCACGUAAACAUUUUAUUUUCUGUUUAUGGAGAAUCGCCUUUCGUCCUUCGGAGAGAGGAUAUUCCUCCAGAAGACUGAUGUCCUUUGUCAUGCCUAGAGCGCAUUAAAACUUUAGUGUUUCCGUCCUUCGCACGAAUUUGAGGAAAGCAUAAAUCACCCACGCGGCUUAAUGUGCUUCCGAGUUUUGAAGUGGUGACUGUGAGUGGGGGGGGGUGGGGGGCGGAGUAUGAUGGCCCACCUCAGCGAGGCUUGUCGUGGGAAGGAGAACUGUGAGCUGCCCAACAGCGGCCCCGACCCCAAGGGCCCCCCGGCCAAGAUCGCCCGGCUGGGGGCCCCGGGGGCCAAGCUGCCUGGGGGGGUCCUCAAGCCGCUAGGCCACGCCCACCUGAGGUCCUGCCACAGGAGAGGUAACAUGCUGCCGGUGUUCUGUGUUGUUGAGCACCAGGAGAGCUCGCUGGACUUCCUGGACAGUAAGGAGGAGCAUGCGGAGUUUGUGCUGGUCAGGAAGGACAUGCUGUUUAGUCAGCUGAUUGAGAUGGCUCUCCUCUCAUUGGGUUACUCCCACAGCACUGCUGCACAAGCCAAAGGUCUGAUUCAGGUGGGGAAGUGGAACCCUGUCCCUCUCUCCUGUGUGACGGACGCUCCGGACGCCACAGUGGCAGACAUGCUGCAGGAUGUGUAUCAUGUGGUCACUUUAAAGAUUCAGCUGCACAGUUGCCCUAAUCUAGAGGACCUCCCUCCAGAGCAGUGGACACACUCCACAGUGCGGAAUGCCCUGAAGGAGCUGCUCAAAGACAUGAACCAGAGUUCUCUAGCGAAAGAGUGUCCCCUCUCUCAGAGUAUGAUCUCCUCCAUUGUGAAUAGCACUUACUAUGCAAAUGUGUCUGCUGCCAAGUGCCAGGAGUUUGGCCGCUGGUACAAACAUUUCAAGAAGGCGAAAGACAUGAUGGAGAUGGAUGGCCUACCAGACCUCUCCUCGUCGGGCAUGAACCAUGUGACCUUCAGCCAGAAGCCAAUCGCAGGCAGCACGGCGGAGCCGCCCCCCUCUUCACCCGUCCCACUCCCCCCCCACGCCGGGCAAACAUCGGCCCGCCCCCCCCUGCCCGCAGGGCUCCACCCGGGCCUGGUGUCCAGCCCCAUCAGCCCCCAGCUGGUGAACCAGCAGUUUGCCAUGGCCCAGUUCCUCAACCAGCAGUACGCCGUCAACCGGCUGCUGGCUCACCAGUCCCUCAGCCAGCAAUACCUGAACCACCCACCCGUCACCCGCGGCAUCGGCAAGACCCCACCCGAGCCCCAGGUCACGCCCACUGCUGAGGUGUCCUCCGAGAUCUACCAGUGGGUGCGGGACGAGCUGAAGAGGGCGGGGAUCUCUCAGGCUGUGUUUGCACGCGUGGCCUUCAACCGGACGCAGGGCCUGCUGUCGGAGAUCCUGCGGAAGGAGGAGGACCCGAAGACGGCGUCGCAGUCGCUGCUGGUGAACCUGCGGGCGAUGCAGAACUUCCUGCAGCUGCCAGAGGCUGAGCGGGACCGCAUCUACCAGGAGGAGAGGGAGAGGAGCCUGAAUGCCGCGUCUGCCGUGGGGACCGCCCCGCUCAUCAGCACGCCCCCACCCCGCUCCGCGCAGGGCAGGAGAGAGGACAGCAACAGCUGCAGGUCUGAAGACUGGCCACAGCGUGUCCCCAUGGGAAUGCCUCCUGCGAAAACCUCUCCCCUCCCGGCGGAGCGUAACGGGAAAGCAGACAGCUCCGCGCUUGGCAUCAGCGCCUCCAUCUAUGAGGAGAUCCAGCAGGAGAUGAAGCGUGCCAAGGUGUCCCAGGCCAUGUUCGCCAAGGUGGCCGCCUCCAAGAGCCAGGGCUGGCUGUGUGAGUUGCUGCGCUGGAAGGAGGAUCCAGCCCCAGAGAACCGCACUCUGUGGGAGAAUCUGUCCAUGAUUCGCCGCUUCCUGAACCUGCCCCAGUCAGAGAGAGACGCUGUGUACGAGCAGGAGAGUAACGGAGGCCAGCAGCACCUGUCCGACCGCCCCCCACACCUGCUGCAUCUUCCCACUGAUCCUGUACAGUCUCAGUCCGGCCAGCAGCAGCAGCACCGGCAGCCCUCCCCGUUGCCACAGCAACACCCGCCCCAGGCCCCGCUGUCCCAGCAGCCCUUGCAGCAGCAGGCGGGGCCGCGGCCGGCGGAGCUGGAGGGGGAGGGCCGGGGCGGGGCCAAAGCGAGGCCGGGGGCGCGGAUUUCGCUGGAGGCUCUGAGGAUCCUCCAGAGCUUCAUCCAGGACGUGGGGCCGCACCCCGACGAGGAAGCAGUGCAUACGCUAUCCGCACAGCUCGACCUGCCCAAGCACACCAUCCUGUCCUUCUUCCAGAACCAGCGCUUCCAGGCCAACCACCGGCAGGAGGGCCGGCCCAACGGGCCUGCGGGCCCCGAGGGGGAGGAGGAGCUGGCCGACCCGCAGGAGGACGGCCCGCUGAAGGAGCUGGACAAGAGCACGCGGACCGCCGGCACCGUCUUCGCCAUCAAGUCCGAGGAACGCGUCUCCUGCCCAGACCACGCCCAGUCUGACCACGCCCUUUCCAACCACGCCCAGUCUGACGACGACCAGUCCGACCGCCCCUCUAAAGAGUAGCUCUCUGCUCUCUGAGAGCCCUGUAGUCCAUCUGAAUAAAGACAGUAAUACAGCAGUCAAGUAUUACUUCUACUUUUCUAUUAAUUUUUCUCUUUUUGCCUCUUUAGUAAAAUCACUUACUGUAAAGGCCAAAAAAUGAAAAAUAUGUUACCAUGGAUAUCUGCAGGCGGCACUUCGUCUAACGAUAUAAAAACACUGAUUUUGCUCCUGGUGAAAGAGGCGGAGCUUGAUGAGACGGUGGUCAGAUGUGUUGAGUUCGUUGGAUUCCAAACCCAUGUGACGCGGGGACAGUGUCAGUGCCGAGGACCCCAGAGGUGGUCGUACACGUGCCUGCAGACAGAAUUAAGCUGUUCUUUAUCAUCCUAAUCUCAAAUCACCAAUCAGCUGAACUCUGGGACCCACUGUCGCAGGUGUGCAGAUCCCUUUUCUCAUGUUGUUUGCUAUGAGGAAGUGUUGAUGUAUAAACAGACGUAUAUUAACUGUAAAAAAGAUUCAGUUCUAAAGAAAC